AUGGAAUCUACCAACAUGUCCUAUCUGAACCCAAAGACAGUGACCCUGAUUGGGAUCCCUGGACUAGAGCAUGUGCAGUUUUGGAUUGGAUUUCCCUUUUUUGGUAUAUGUCUGGUGUCUCUGCUGGGAAACAUUUUCUUGUUAAUCAUCAUCCCUACAGAACGCAGCCUUCACCAACCCAUGUACAUUUUUCUGGCAGUGCUUGCAGCCACUGAUCCAGGUCUCUGUGUAGCCAUCACUCCAAAGAUGUUGGCCAUCUUCUGGUUUGGCUCUUGUUCGAUGGCUUUUGAUGUUUGUCUUACCCAGCUCUUCUUCAUUCAUGCCUUGCAGGGUAUGGAAUCUGGUAUCUUGUUGUCCAUGGCUUUUGACCGCUAUGUUGCCAUCUGUGAUCCUUUGAGGCACACAUCUAUCCUCACACCUUUCUUUCUAGUUCAGACGGUACUAAUGGUGGCAACUCGGGCAACGGUACUUGUUGGGAUUUUACCCAUUCUACUUAAACGACUGCAACGUUUCCAGUCCGUGGUUAUUGUCCAUUCCUACUGUGAGCACAUGGCUGUGGUCAAGCUGGCUGCAGAAGAUGUCCAUGUUAACAAAUCAUAUGGGCUCUUUGUAGCUUUAGCAAUUCUGGGUUUUGACAUGAUCUUUGUCUUCAUCUCUUACAUUCUAAUUUUUCAGACUGUUUUCCAUCUUCCUCAGAAGAAGGCACGACUUAAAGCACUCAACAUGUGUGCUGCCCAUAUUGUCGUCUUCCUUGAGUUUUAUGUCCUUGCCUUUUUUUCUUUCUUCAGCCACCGUUUUGGACAUGUGCUACCUUAUGUUCACAUCUUAUUGUCUAAUAUUUAUCUUCUUGUGCCACCUGCUCUUAACCCCAUUGUCUAUGGUGUAAAGACCAAAGAGAUCCGCAGGCGGCUUGAACAGAUUUGUAUUCUGAAGCCUGACACCCAGGGGUGA